AUGGAAGAGGCAAAGAGGGAUUUAGCUCAGAUUCAGGAGCAGAUUGAUAUACAAGGUAUGGAUGAUCAGUUAUUUGCCUUGGAGGCUGAGGCUAAGACUACCCUAAUUAAGGUUAUGGAGAAUCAUGAAAAAAUGUGGGCUGAAAAAGCAAGGAUUAGAUGGCUGAAAUUUGGUGAUAGAAAUUCCAAAUUCUUCCACCUUUCUACAAAAAUGAGGAGGAAUAAGAACACGAUUAGAUCACUUAAGAAGCAGGAUGGCUCUAUGGUUGAUGAUCCCAUCCAAAUAGGGAACUACAUAGUUGAUUUCUAUGAGAAUUUUCACAAAGUUACCCCGACGGUUCAGCAUGAGGAAUUACUGGAUAACAUUCCCUUGAUCUUGAACCAAGCUGAUCAGUACCACUUGGAUGGCCUUCCUGGUGAUGCUGAGAUUAAAAGGGCUGUGUGGGAGCUUGAUCCGGAUAGCUCGCCUGGUCCUGACGGAUUCGUUGGGGCUUUCUUCAGAAGAUGCUGGCACAUUGUGGAAAAAGAAGUGAGCAAUGCGGUCAGAUAUUUUUUCAGUUCGAGCUACAUGCCGCAGGGUGUGAAUAAUAAUUUCCUUGUGUUGAUCCCAAAGGUAGAUGGGGCUGAUAAUCUUGGUAACUUCCGGCCCCUAUGCAUGGGCAAUUUCUUCUGCAAAAUUAUUACAAAGGUGAUGGCAUUGAGGUUGGAGCCUCUGCUUCCCAGAUUAAUAUCUGAUGAGCAAGGAGCUUUUCAAAAAGGAAAGAUUAUCCAUGAUAAUAUUACUGUUGCUUCAGAGCUUGCGAACUUGAUGUUCUCAUCCACCAGAGGAGGGGGUAUUGGCAUAAAAAUCGAUAUCAGGAAAGCCUAUGAUACAAUUGACUGGAAGUUUAUCUUUCAGGUUAUGCAUAGAUUUGGUUUUUCUGAGCGAUGGAUAGGCUGGCUCAACAAAAUUCUAAUAUCUUCUAAGAUUUCAAUUCUAGUUAAUGGAGGUCCGCAAGGUUUUUUUAAUGUGGAACGAGGCCUGAGACAAGGUGAUCCGAUUUCGCCGAUGUUGUUUAUCAUUGCAGAAGAAGUUCUAUCUCGGGGAUUGAAGAGGUUAAUCCAGUCGAACCAAAUAAAGCCAAUCCAGGGUCCAAGAGGGGCUAAAACCCCAGGGCACAUCUUGUUUGCGGAUGACAUCUUUAUAUUUACCAAUGCUUCUCAGAGGUAUGUCCACAAUCUAAAAAAUUUUUUGACAAAAUAUCAAGAAUUUUCAGGUCAAUGCAUCAAUCUUGAUAAAAGUAAGCUCUUCCUCGGCAAGAUUAAUUCAGCAAGGAGGCAGAAUAUCUCUAAUAUUUUGGGAAUUCGAAGUUGUAGCUUCCCUACAAAAUAUUUAGUGGUUGAAAUCUUUAAGGGUCGGUUAAAAAAAACUGCCCUUAUGCCUGUUAUGGACAGUGUAAAGAAGCGCCUUGCAGGGUGGAAGGGUAAGCUUCUUUCAAUGGCGGGAAGAACAGAACUAGUCAGAUCUGUGAUUUCUAGUAUCCCUACUCACAAUUUUGCUGUAUACUGGUGGCCCUCAUCUCUUCUAGCUACUAUGGAGAGAUGGAUGCAAAACUUUAUAUGGACAGGGGAGGUGGAAAGUACGAGAGCAAUUACAGUGAAGUGGAAUACUCUGUGCAAGCCCAAAGAUGAAGGGGGACUAGGGAUCAGGAAGCUAAGAGAUUCAAAUAAAGCUAUGCUGUGUAAAAUGGUUUGGAGAAUUAAACAUGGGAAAUCGAAUGCUAGUUCCUUCCUUCGUGCAAGAUUUGUUAAGAAGGAUGGUAAAUUUUCCAAGGGAAGCAGGUCUUCAUCAAUUGCCCUGGGGAUUCAGAAGUCAUGGGAUUUUGUGUCAGAGUACGAGAGCUGGGUUAUUGGCAAUGACGGGAGUUCUCUGGGAAAUCCAGGAAGGGCAGGUGCUGGUGGCAUUGCUCGUAACAAAGAGGGUCAGAUUUGCAACUCUUUCAGUAUUUAUUUAGGCAUUAAAAAAAUCUUUGAGGCUGAGUUUGAAGCGGUUUUGGAAGGUCUGAUCAUGGCAAAGAGAUAUGGGGUGAGUGAAGUGUGGGUUGAGUCAGAUUCGGCUGGUGUAGUGUCUGCUGUGCAGAAGAACCAAGUUCCAUGGUUUGUGCUCCAAAGAUGGAGAGCUAUUCUCCCCCAUUUGAACUCUAUUUCAUGGAAAAUUUCUCAUUGUUUUCGCGAGGCAAAUGUGGUUGCAGAUUAUUUAGCAAGGAAGGCUUCAAAAUCAGGAAUCACAGAAACCUCUGUGACAUUCCCCAGUCAUAUUAUGAUGGAAAUUGAAAAUGAUGCAAUGGACAGGCAUAGAUUUAGAUUCUACUAG